GCGAUCGGCAACGAGUUUUGGAGUCGCCGUGUCGUGCGGGACGUAUGAGCGUGUGACACCAUUUGCUACCGUUGGCGCUUCCGGCGGACCUUUAACGAGGACGGAACGGACGUUGGCUCCUCGCUUUCGAUUUGACGCCGUCGACGCGUUGGCGCUCCUCCGAGUCGUCUUUGUGGACGUUUUGCAGUGCGAGUUGGACAUGAAGUUUCGGGGCAAGAUUGUCGACGUGGCCUGUCUCAGCCAUUUCACUCGAGUUGUGAGCACCAUCUCCAAGCUGACCAAGACGUGCGUGCUGCGCCUGGCGGCCGACCGUCUCUUCUUCAUCCUCUGCGGCAAAGUGGCCAACGGCGGCGUGGCCGUUUGGUGCGAGCUGGCCCAGGCCAACAUCUUUGAUGAGUACCAGUUGGAGGGCGUGAGCGCCCGGGACAACGAGAUUUGUCUGGAGGUGACGCCGGAGAACAUCUUUCGCGCGCUCAGGACAGUCCAGAACGCCAAAAGCGUCAAAGUCAAGCUGACCAAGAAGCACUGCCCCUGCCUCACCGUCGUCGCCGAGCUGCCGACCGCGACGAGCGUCAGCCGCGUGGUCACGCACGACGUCCCCGUGGACGUGGUCCCCCGACGGCUGUGGUGCGAGUUCGACGAGCCCGGCGUGCCCGACUUCGACGUGAGCGUCUGCCUGCCGCCUCUCAAGACCAUGAGGAACGUCGUGGACAGGAUGAAGAACCUCUCCAACUUCCUGGUGGUCGAGGCCAACCUGAGCGGCGAGAUGACCCUGAAGAUCGAGACGGACCUCGUGUCCGUCGCCACCCACUUCAGAGACCUGGGAAAUCCUCAUUGGGGUGACCCCGCCUCCCAAGAUGGCGGGCGGCGGCGCGACCCGGACGCCGUGGCGCAGGCGCGCGUGGACAUCAGGAAGCUGCAGCAGUUCCUGGCGGGUCAGCAGGUCAACCCCAGCAGGGCCGUGUGCAACAUCGGCCACCAGAGGGUGCUGCACCUGAUCCUGCUUCACGACGACGUUUCCCUGCAGUACUUCAUCCCCGCCGUGGCCUAAACGCCGGCGGGCGGCCCACGAAGCACUUUGACCUCGGGCAGGCGGACGGCGAAGAAGACCAAAGGAUGUCAAAGGUCACCCGCAGGACCCGCCACCAACGUUACUUUUAGCGGGACGGGACGAGCGUCAUGAAAGUUGUUCUCGUUGUUGUUUCCGUGGCAACGCGUGGUUCCUUUGUGAUUUGUUGAUGUUGUUGUUUGGUUCGUGGUUGCGAUUUAGUUUAUGAUGAUUGUUCAUAAUAUUUUUAAUGAUGUCGUUUAGGAUUAUUAUCAGUGACUAGUGAAAAACUAAUUGAUGAUGAUGACGAUCUGAAUCACUGCCACUGAUAAAUAUGAGUUUGCAAUUAGUUGAUUGAUUUUAAUGAGAUGACAAAUAUGUAGAUGAUCACCAAAUGUUCUUGGCACGCUUAAUAAAUGAUGGCAAAUCGUCGUCCUUCCCAAUGGAGA